AUGCUGCACCCUACACGGCUGCCCCACCGGCUCCGCGAAAAUAACCCACGCGGGGAAGAGGGGAAGGGAAGCGUGGCGUUCAGUUGUCUGAGCACGGGCGUGUACGGGUACCCCGCUACCGAGGCGGCGGAGGUCGCGAUUAAGGAGGUGAGGCGGUGGUUGGAGGGCGAGGGAAAGGGGAAGUUGGAGAGAGUGGUGUUUUGCGUAUUUGAGGCGAAAGAUGAGAGGGCGUAUCGGGAGUGGUUGCCACGUGUUUUCCCACCCGCGCCGGAGGAUUCGCCCGAGCGGGAGAGUACGAAGGGUCAAGGGGAGGGGGAGGAUACAAAGCAGGAAGCGGUUGAAGAAUCUGCCGUGCUUGUCCCGCAGAACGAGGACGGGGGCGAGGAGCCGUCCCCGAAGAAAGCGAAGACAGAAGCUCAAUCUCAGGACACCGCGGCGGCGAAGGAUGAGUGGGAAGCUGUGGAAAAGCCGCACACACCCAUCCCCGUGGAGCAGGCAAUGGAUAAAAGCCAGGAAAUGAGCGAGGAAGGGGAGAAAGUGGAGCCGGAGAGUUUGGGGGAUAGUGAUGGGGAGAAGGUCGAGCGGCCGAAGGAGGAGGAGAAGGGCGGUUUUGAGAUUGUGGAUCCGAUGGGGAAGGCCGAGGAGGAGAAGGCGGUGGGAGUAAAUACGCUGAUGAAGGACUGGUAG